UGCGUCUUCAGUCAUCGCGAGCACAUUGGCGCGGGAGUGUCCGCUGCCGCUGCUGAACGUUCUACUUAUAACGGAUCGAAAGUAGUCGGUGAUCGGUUUCUGUGAUUAUCCAGUCUCUCGAUGAUACUUUCUGGAUAGUGAACAACAUCGUUACCGACAGGUGCUGAAUACCUGCUACAAGAGCAGAAUAACGGAUUUGAAAAUGGGUUGGUGGCCGAUAAUCGCGGCUGUGUUGGCCGUGCUAGCGGUGGUCUACUAUCGAGCCACACGUAACUUCGACUUUUUCAAGAAACGUGGGAUUCCGUACGCCAAACCGAUACCGUUUUUGGGAAGCAUGUGGGAAGUGUUCUUUCAACGACUGUCAUUUGCCGAGGGCGUAGAAAAGCUGUACAAUUUGGAUCCUGAGUCAAAGUACAUCGGUUUUUUCGAGUUCGGAAGGCCCAUACUCGUGAUUCGAGAUCUCGACCUGAUCAAAUCUAUCACCGUGAAGAAUUUCGAUCACUUUCCAAACCACAGAAUGGCUUUCGACCCGGACCUGGAGCCUCUCUUCUCGAAGAAUCUGUUUUCCCUGUGCGACGAAAGAUGGAAAGAAGUACGAAACAUGUUGACACCGGCCUUCACGUCCAGCAAGAUGAAGUCCAUGUUCGUGUUGAUGCGCGACUGUGCCAAAAAGUACGGCGAUUAUUUCGCUUCGUUGCCCGCCGACCAGUCGACCUUGGAAUUGAAAGACGCGUUCACAAAAUAUACCAAUGACGUGAUCGCUACUUGCGCAUUCGGCAUUGACGUCAACUCGAUGAAGAAUCCGGCAAACACGUUCUACGUGUACGGCAGAGAGACAACCAAUUUUGGAGGAAGAGUGCAGGCCCUCAGGUUUUUCGCGGCGAGAAUGUCUCCAUUGUUAUGUCGAUUAUUCGGCAUCAGGCUGAUCAGACAGAAGAUCGUCGACUUUUUCAAGGAGUUGGUAGUCAGCACGAUGAAGGCGCGGGACGAGAACGGUAUCGUUCGUCCGGAUAUGCUUCAACUGAUAAUGGACACCAGAGGGAAAUUGGGGCCAGGCAAAGAGUUGUCCGUCGAUGACAUAGUGGCCCAGGCGUUCGUCUUCUUCUUCGGUGGAUUCGAGAGCACCGCCACUCUCAUGUGUUUCGCCGCUUACGAGGCUGGCAUCAACGACCAGGUACAGAAAAGAUUGCAAGAAGAGAUCGACCAGGUUUUGGAGGAUUGUAAAGGCCAAGUCACGUACGAAGCUAUUAACGGCAUGAAGUACUUGGAGGCUGUCAUCCUCGAAAGUCUUCGGAUGUAUCCAGCGAUCGUCGGUAGCGACAGAGUCUGCGCGAAACCAUUCGAAUUGCCGCCACGCGUGCCGGGAGCAAAGCCGUACGUCGUUCAGCGAGACGACAACGUGUGGAUACCGAUCUAUGGUAUUCAACACGAUCCGCAAUACUACCCGGAGCCGAAGAAAUUCAAUCCCGAUAGGUUCUACGACGAUCCGAAACAGAUGGUCAACUCCCUUUCGUUCCUCUCGUUUGGAGUGGGCCCCAGGAUGUGCAUCGGCAACAGGUUCGCUCUAUUAGAAGCGAAAGUAUUGCUCUUCUUCGUUUUCGCCAAGUGCGACCUCACACCAUGCGCCAAGUCCUCCAUACCAUUAAAACUGGACCGGAAAGGUUUCGCCAUGAUCCCGGAGAAUGGCUUCUGGCUGAAAAUCCAGCCGAGAAUCGCAAAGAAAGCGGAGCCGAAGGAGCUCAUCGAGAAGAUUUCCGACGGACAUCCCGACAAUUAAUUUAUGUUCCACCACACACGAUACUUGCAAUAAACGUUGCUGCAACUUUUUCGUCUGUUUAAGGAUACAUUUCUUUGUGGCAGCAACGUUUAUGACUGAUUUUUUUAAAAAUAUUUUUACAUAUGCUGUAAUGAAAUGUGAUACAUGUAAAAUGUAAUGCAGUUGCAAUAUAUAGGAAUUUUAUAGAAGGAAAUGAAUUGAAAACGAGAAUCUCUCGUUCUAGCUCGUAAAAUGUACGAAUUACGCGUAUGUGCAAAAAUGGUUUUCUGCUGGAAAUAUUUCGGAUAUUUAUUCAAUUUCUUCAAUUUAUUUUAAAUGCACAAGUUACAAACGAUUAUUUGCGCAUUCUUCAUUUGCGUUUUCAAAAACAAGAUAGGAUUUAGAUCUUUUUUCUUUUUUUUUUUUUUUUGCUGAUCUCUGUCCCGCCAGGGAAAUUGUUAAUUCUCACGAUUUCACACGAUAUUAUCAAAGAAUUUUCCAUCGAUUCCUACGAUCUAGUCUCGUAGAGUAUAUUGGAAAUAGCUGUGAAUUUUCUAGUCAAGAAGAAAAAUAUUUUUGUAUUAAAAUAAGAUAAUAAUCUUCCAUAGAUUUCUUCUUUUUAAACGUUUUUACGAAAAUUUAAUAUAUUCUUUGUUACGAGAAAUAUGUAUACGUGUUGGAUGUAGACUUGUUACAGUAAAAUAAAAUGACUAUUUGAAAUAAAUAUACUGACUUUGGACUAAAUUA